AUGACGGGCCGGGCCCGAGCCCGAGCGCGGGGCAGGGCCCGCGGGCAGGAGACGGUGCAGCACGUGGGAGCCGCGGCGAGCCAGCAGCCGGGUUACAUCCAGCCGAGACCUCAGCAGCUGCCCACAGAGGGGGAGCUGGUUGGCCGUGGACGACAGAGAGGAGCCGCAGGAGUAACAGCCAAGUCGCAAGAACUCCAGAUAUCUGCUGGGUUUCAGGAGUUAUCAUUAGCAGAGAGAGGAGGUCGCCGUCGAGACUUUCAUGACCUGGGUGUGAAUACAAGACAGAAUCUGGACCAUGUUAAAGAAUCAAAAACAGGAUCUUCUGGAAUUAUAGUAAGAUUAAGCACUAACCAUUUUCGGUUGACUUCCCGUCCCCAAUGGGCCUUGUAUCAGUAUCACAUCGAUUAUAACCCACUGAUGGAAGCCAGAAGACUUCGGUCAGCUCUUCUUUUUCAACAUGAAGAUUUAAUUGGAAGGUGUCACGCUUUUGAUGGAACAAUAUUAUUUUUACCCAAAAGACUACAACACAAGGUUACUGAAGUUUUUAGUCAGACCCGAAAUGGAGAGCAUGUGAGGAUAACAAUCACUUUAACAAAUGAACUUCCACCUACAUCACCAACUUGUUUGCAAUUCUAUAAUAUUAUUUUCAGGAGACUCUUGAAGAUCAUGAAUCUGCAACAGAUUGGGCGGAAUUAUUAUAACCCAAGUGAUCCAAUUGAUAUUCCAAAUCAUAGGUUGGUGAUUUGGCCAGGUUUCACUACUUCUAUUCUUCAGUAUGAAAAUAACAUUAUGCUUUGCACUGAUGUCAGUCAUAAAGUCCUUCGGAGUGAAACUGUGUUAGAUUUUAUGUUAAAUUUAUAUCAUCAGACUGAAGAACACAAAUUUCAAGAACAAGUUUCUAAAGAACUGAUAGGCUUAAUUGUGCUUACCAAGUAUAACAAUAAAACAUACAGAGUAGAUGAUAUUGACUGGGACCAAAAUCCAAAAAGUACCUUUAAGAAAGCAGAUGGCUCUGAAGUCAGCUUCUUAGACUACUACAGGAAGCAAUAUAACCAAGAUAUCACUGAUCUGAAGCAGCCAGUGUUGGUGAGUCAGCCUAAGAGAAGGAGAGGCCCUGGUGGCACGUUGCCAGGCCCGGCAAUGCUCAUUCCUGAGCUCUGUUACCUUACAGGCCUAACUGAUAAAAUGCGUAAUGAUUUUAAUGUGAUGAAAGACUUAGCUGUUCAUACAAGACUAACUCCAGAGCAAAGACAGCGUGAAGUAGGAAGACUCAUUGAUUACAUUCAUAAGGAUGACAAUGUUCAGAGGGAGCUUCGAGACUGGGGUUUGAGCUUUGACUCCAAUUUACUGUCCUUCUCAGGAAGAAUUUUGCAAGCAGAAAAAAUUCACCAAGGUGGAAAAACAUUUGAUUACAAUCCACAAUUUGCAGAUUGGUCAAAAGAAACAAGAGGUGCACCAUUAAUUAGUGUUAAACCACUAGAUAACUGGCUGCUCAUCUAUACUCGAAGAAAUUAUGAAGCAGCCAAUUCGUUGAUACAAAAUCUAUUCAAAGUUACACCAGCCAUGGGCAUACAAAUGAAAAAAGCAAUAAUGAUUGAAGUGGAUGAUAGAACUGAAGCCUAUUUGAGAGUCUUACAACAGAAAGUGACAUCAGAUACCCAGAUAGUUGUUUGUCUAUUGUCAAGUAAUCGGAAGGACAAAUAUGAUGCCAUUAAAAAAUACUUAUGUACAGAUUGCCCUACACCAAGUCAGUGUGUGGUGGCCCGAACAUUAGGCAAGCAACAGACUAUCAUGGCCAUUGCUACCAAGAUAGCCUUGCAGAUGAAUUGCAAGAUGGGAGGAGAGCUUUGGCGGGUUGAUAUGCCUCUAAAAUUAGCGAUGAUAGUUGGCAUUGAUUGUUACCAUGAUACCACAGCUGGACGGAGGUCAAUUGCAGGUUUUGUCGCAAGCAUCAAUGAAGGGAUGACCCGCUGGUUCUCUCGCUGUGUGUUUCAAGAUCGAGGACAAGAGCUGGUAGAUGGACUCAAAGUCUGUUUGCAAGCUGCUCUGAGGGCUUGGAAUAGUUGCAAUGAAUACAUGCCUAGUCGGAUCAUUGUGUAUCGGGAUGGUGUUGGAGAUGGUCAGCUUAAAACACUGGUUAACUAUGAAGUACCACAGUUUUUGGAUUGCCUGAAGUCUGUUGGGAGAGGUUACAACCCAAGACUAACAGUAAUUGUGGUGAAGAAGCGAGUGAAUGCCAGAUUUUUUGCUCAGUCUGGAGGAAGACUUCAGAACCCUCUUCCUGGAACAGUCAUUGAUGUCGAGGUCACCAGACCAGAGUGGUAUGAUUUUUUUAUUGUGAGUCAAGCUGUAAGAAGUGGAAGUGUUUCUCCCACACAUUACAAUGUCAUCUAUGACAGCAGUGGCCUGAAACCAGACCACAUACAGAGGUUAACUUACAAGCUCUGCCAUGUCUAUUAUAACUGGCCUGGUGUCAUUCGUGUUCCGGCUCCUUGCCAGUAUGCUCACAAACUGGCAUUCCUUGUUGGCCAGAGUAUUCACAGAGAACCAAACCUCUCACUGUCCAAUCGUCUGUACUACCUCUGA